CAUCCAUCAUCCUCGUCCAUGAUCCUCGUCCAUGAUCCUCGUCCAUGUCUCUGUUCUUGUCGUCUGUCGUCGGGGGGGCCUGUGAUGAGUCUGACAGAACAGAACAGCGACCGGCGGGUCGGAGGGCGCUAACCCUGUUUGGGACAAACAACAAUAAACAACAACAACAACAACAACAACAACAACAAACAAUAACAACAACAAACACGACCAAACAGUAAACAGUAAACAACAACAACAACAACCAUAGAAAAUAACUUUUGACGCGUUCAUCAAACAAAGGAGGUUGAGCCAGGAUGGAGAGUUGCGCUGGGGGUUAUUUUAUUUUUAAUUUGCAACAACUCGAUUGCUUUUCACAGUGAGGAACCAGGCGGCAGCCAGACGUCAGGUCACGCAGCACGACGGCGGCGACAGCAAGCGUUUCUGGAGGCGCGCUGGCUCAGUCCAACUGGCCUGAGGCUGCGAGACGAUUCGGUGAGGGCGGCUCGGUUCGAUACCCAGCCCAACGGCUGCUGCUGCUGCUGCUGCUGCUGCAGGUUCGCUCGCUCGCUCGCCCGGAUAGAUCAGCGGGCCCCUGUCCAUCAAAACAACAGCCCGUAUCGCCGCCUGCGUGCCCCGAAAAAAAAAAAAAGCAUCGCCCACACCCAUGCCUGCACCCAUGCACCCAUGCACCCAUGCACCCAUGGCCUCGCUCGCGCCAGCAAGCGCGUCGCCCGCCCGCCGGCUUUCCGCCUCUGCCUGCCUGCCUGCCUGCCAGCCUGCCUGCUUGUAGAGUACUCACUACCACUACUACCGACUGGUAGCGUGUCGUGGCGCACUGGCUCUCUCGUCUUUCCCCUUCCCAUCCCGCCCGUCGUCUGCUGCUGCUACUUCCCCCAUCAUCCCUCACUCUCCCUCAUCGCCCGAUCGCAACCUUUCGCCAAUUCCCUCCUGCAUCGCGCGUCGCGUCCUACCCUUUGAUCGUUCCCCUACUACUGCUGCUCUUUCGCCUCCUCCGUCAUUACUGCCCUUCCUCCCGCGAUCAUUGCAUCACUGCUGUGUUCGUCGUCCUGCUCGUUCCAUCUCAACUGAGUUGGGGGCAGGCGCACCCGCGUGUGUGUGUUUACGCCGACGCGCAUUCCGCCUCCACGCCCGCCACUUCCCACCACCACCAUCACCACCAAACCACCGCACCACACGACUUCUGCACGUCCGCCACUCCUCCAUAGUCGUCGCCGCCGUCAUCACUUUGCCUGUUUUCCCCCUGCUCUUCCCGUCCGCCGUCCGUCCCUCCUCGCCCAGGCCUUGCAUGGAGACGCGCGCGAACACAAUCAUCGCUCGUUGAGGUGGACUUACGGGUGAGCCGUGAAGUAGUCUUGCAUCUUCCCAUCGACAAAAAAGAAAAAGAAAACAACAAACGCCAAUAGCGGAAGCGCCCUUCUGCUCUAUCCCUAGUUAUCGUCGACAACAACAGAUUGUACACCUGUUUUUGCCCAAGACUGUCGCUGUUGCUGCCUGCUUCAUCUAUCCAUCUCGACACCAUUCACCGCCAGCCAACAACACCAACUGCAAACCACCACCCGGUCCCGUCCCAAUAUUCACAGUACUGCGUACUCUAUAUACGACAAACUGGAGCUCGGCCGUUCGACACGCACACCUUCCCGGUCGCUCACCUCCCGCCUCGAGCGUCCCGUCACCCCUCCCAUCGACAGCAGCCCCGACGCGCGAGUGAACAACUCCAGCUCGUCGCCUGUCACACCCCCAGCGCGUUCAUCGUCUUCGUUCGACAUGGACUUCGCUUAUUCCCCGCACCGCGAGGGCGGUGCCAUGCACCUGCCUUCUCCCACCCACCAAGGCUACCGCCUGGAGAACCCGCACUUCAACUCGCUCCAACAACUCCGACGCUCCCUCUCGCGCUCCCCCUCCAAACCAUCCCGCUUUCAGCUGCGCACCACAAAAGCAGACCCGCCAGGCUCUCCACUCUCCCCGCUCGCUCUGGCGCGCGCCUUUACACCCAAGACGCAGAAACCCGCCAGCCCCAUUGCCUCCCAGUACGAGUCGCCCUUCACCUCCCAAACCGUGCCGGCCAAGAAGAAAUUCACACUGCGUCGCCCGGGUCCCUUCAGGUCUUCGCCGCGCAAUCGCGCCAACCAAAAGAGCCCGCGCCGCGCUCUUGUCGACUCGACCGACCUCGGCAACGCGACUCCCUUCGCGUCGCGUUCGCUGUUCGGCGACGACAAAAGCUACACGCCCGCUCCGGUGCGCAAACCCAGCGUCGACUUCUGGGACGCCGCCGAAAGCAUGCGCUUCGACAUUGACGACAAGCCCAUCAAGUUCGGCAUCUCGCGCUCGCAGACGACGAGCUCAAACGCGCCGGGUGCCAACUGCUUCACCCCCAGCCAGGCAAGCCCGCUCAAGCGUCGCGAUGGGAACCCCGCCUUCGACUCGGAGAGCACCAUGACACCGAAUCCAAAGCGCAGGAGUUUGCACGGCCCCCCCGCCGGCGCCGACUUCAGCAUCUUUGAGACGCCAGUCCGAUCCGCCGCUCCCGUUGCCGAUGACUCACCUCGUGCGCAAGAUAGCGAGCCGUUCAACCUGUUCUCCACGCCUGCAAACAACGCGCAAACCCCAAUGAAGCGGCCAAUGUCGGUCAGGCGGUCCACUUCGCAGCGCAAUGCCGUUGGCUCGCCCCGUCCCAAAUCUCUCUUUGACGGCGAGUUUGCUAUGCCCGGUUUGGCUGCUUCCAAGAGCAAGCAGAGGACUUCCUUGGAUGGGGCUGGUCUUCGCAGCAGCAUGGGUGGCCAGACACGGCACCCGCUUGCCAACUCGCUCACUGCCACGUCCUCAUCGCCUGCCGUAGGAGGUGAUUCUCCUGCUCAAAUGCCUGCCCCUCCGACCCCCGCGCCCGCCUCCAACAAGCACCUCUUCGCCAAGUCUCUUCCCAUCGGUGCAUCUCGCCCGACCGAGACUGGUACGGAUCAGCUCUUUGCGACUCCAGCUGCCCUGAAACACGUGAAGCAGCAUGUCAUGCCUGUCCCCCUCUCUACUGGUGGGCUCAUGUCUAAAAAGCAUCGCGAUAUCUCGUUGGAAAUCGACGAGUACAAACCACCCGGUACUCCCAUCAAGCGGCAGUCCUAUCCUCCGGCUUUGGCCGAAACACCGACUUCGAAUCGUCGCAGCCAGUCUUUCAAGCCUCUCCAACAGCCAGUGUUUGGCACCGUCAGCACACCCUUCAAUGCCAUCCAGACGUCCAAUCAGGGUAGCAACUUCUUCAGCGACAUGUCGAACCCCCAGGUUCGUCGUCGGAGCUUUGUCGACAUUGACGGAGAUAGUGAUUGCAAUGAAUCGCCGACCGGCAACAAGCACACUACUAUGACCGAUAGCCAGUCUAGUGCAGACGACGGUCCGCCCACCCCUACUAAGCCUAGCGGUGACGGUCGACGUUCCAAAGAGAGCAGCUUGAGGCGCAAGACCUUUGGUCGCUCCCGUCCUUCCCUCAGCAAUGCAUUCCCGUUGGAGGAAACCUCCAUCUCCAUCCCCAAUGCUUCCGAGUCUCUGCCUUCCAAAGGCUCCCCUCACACCCCUAAUGAAUCGUUCCUCGCCUUGGAUCCAAGCGGCCUCUCCAUUUCCGGCUCCCGUCGCGACUCAUUGCGCGAUUCACUGUCCUUCAACAGCAGCCUGGGCAGCACAUCGUUCCCGCCCGCCACCCCCACCGGUCACCGCGGGAGCUUUGGGUUCUUCAACCAGAGCCAAAUCAUCUCCGUCACCGAGAACGAUGUGGACGAAUCGUUGGCCGGUCGCUUCCGCUCAGUAGAGAAGCUCGAUGGCGCCGAGGGCGAAUUCUCCCAAGUCUUCAAGGUCAGCCGCCCCAUCAAGCAGCUUUCCGAUAGCCCCUCAUCGCCCGGAAGUGGCUGCUGGGUUGUCAAGAAGUCCAAGAAGCCCCUCAUGGGAUCCAAAGACCUCGCACAGAAGCAACGCGAGGUGAGGGCGCUUGAAGCACUUCGUGGUCAUGAACACAUUGUCGCAUUCGAGGAUAGCUGGGUCGAUCAGAGUCACCUCUACAUCCAGACCGAGUACUGUGAGAAUGGCAAUCUACGCCAGUUCCUUCAAUCGUAUGCUCGUGCUGGAUGUCUAGAUAACUUUAGGACCUGGAAGAUGCUCCUAGAGCUGUCCUCUGGUCUCAAGCACAUCCACCGAAGCAACUUCAUCCAUCUCGACCUCAAACCUGCCAACAUCCUCAUCGACUUCUCCGGUAACCUCAAGAUUGCGGACUUUGGCAUGGCCGCCGAGUGGCCUCUGCCCGAGCACUUUGACGGGGAGGGCGAUCGUCACUACCUGGCUCUGGAAGCCAUGAACGGAAACCCUGACAAGCCUUCUGACGUCUUUGCUCUUGGCUUGAUGAUGGUCGAAAUAUGUAGCAACUGUUUCAUGCCAGAGAUGGGUGAUGAUUGGUACAGGCUUCGAUCGGGCAACUUUGUCGACGUUCCAAGCCUGACUUGGAGCGAGGACAGCACAUUGCUGCGCGACUCGGAUGGUCUUCCCAUCUCGCGGGAGGACUCUGGUUUCGUCGACCCGAGCAUGAUGGACGACUCCGAUUACAGCUUCUCCAGCUCGCUCGGCCUCGCUGUGGGCAUCGACGAGGAGAAGGAAUUCGCAAAGGCGCCUGAUUUCAUGAGGGACGCCGUCAGCCCAUACUCCAUGGACCAGAUCGUUCGGGCUAUGCUGGAUCCCAACCCCGAGCAGCGACCCACCGCAGAUGAUGUCAACCGAUCUUUCGGCUGUCAGUGGGUCGAUCAGCGCCGACGUGCCGGUGCGACCAUCUACGAGGGCAACUUCGGUCCCGACUACGAUGUCUUGGCCUCGUACGGUGACCACCCCGACGCGAUGGACACUAGCUGA